CCCCAAGAACCUUCGAGACCAACCGGGGGCGGCCGCAGAGGUCUCAAUUUAAACGAACCCCAAAAGCCUGGUUGAGCCGUCAAGUCGUACGCAUCAGAAAACCCGCUCCAAUCUGAGAUCUCGACACGACACACCUCGAAUCGAAACCCUAGCGGCGGCUAUGGCGAUCAUCUCGGACAUCCAGGAGGAGGAGGCCUCGCCGCCUCAGCAGCCGGCGGCGGCGGCCCCCGCGGCGGUCGACGUGGACCUAGAGGUCCUUGAGAAGGUGCUCGAGCGGAAGGGCGGCGCCCUCCCGUUCCUCCACGCGGCCAUCGACGUCGCGCACAAGCGGUCCGACCUCUUCCGGGACCCCUCCGCGGUCAGCAAGAUCACCGCGAUGGCCUCGGCUUGCAGGGCGCAGGUGGAGGCGGAGGAGAGGAAGGCGCGGGACGCCAAGAGGAAGGCGGAGGAGUUGGAGAGGAAGGCGGCUGCCGAGAAGGAGAGGGCGGCGAAGGCAGCGGCGGCCGAGAAGGUGGCGGCGGUGGCAGAGGAGAAGGGCGCAGGGGGCUCGGGGGAGAAGGACGGCAGCAAGGAGGUGGAGAAGGAGGAGAGCAAAGCGAAAAAACCAAAUGCUGGCAAUGGGCUUGAUCUGGAGAAGUAUUCCUGGACUCAGCAGUUGCCAGAGGUUAACCUCUCUGUUCCUGUUCCUGAAGGAACAAAGUCAAGGUUUGUUGUCUGUGAGAUUAAGAAGGAUCAUCUGAAGGUUGGGUUGAAGGGCCAGCCUCCUAUCAUUGAUGGUGACCUUCACAAACCAGUUAAAGUGGACGAUUGCUUCUGGAGCAUAGAGGAUGGAAAAUAUCUGUCUAUAUUGCUGACAAAGCAUAAUCAAAUGGAGUGGUGGAAAUCUGUGAUCAAGGGUGACCCUGAAGUCGAUACCCAACGUGUGGAACCAGAGAGCAGCAAGCUUUCUGACUUGGAUCCUGAGACUAGACAAACCGUGGAGAAGAUGAUGUUUGACCAACGUCAGAAGCAGAUGGGUCUCCCAACAAGUGACGAAAUGCAGAAGGAUGAUAUGCUCAAGAAAUUCAUGGCUCAGCACCCGGAGAUGGACUUCUCGAGGGCCAAGAUAGCUUGAGAUUGGUUAGACCGAAGAUGUUCUGGAAGAUGUUGGAUGGAGAAAUCACUUCUACUUAGUAUACUGCAGUUUGGGUGUCUUCUGUUUAGUGUCUGUUUGUGCUUAUGAUGGACACAGUUUUUGCGGUGUUAUGGAAAUAUAUAACUGAACUAUGUUUCUUUGAGCCAAUUAUAUGAGGUCUGCGUUUCGUUUCA